AUGCUACAGCCAAGUAACAGUGCCCUGAGCUUCGCAGAAGUCGGGGCUGUCUCCCUAGACUCUAGAAGGCAGAGUCAAGAUCUUGAACAAGAGCCUUUAUGGCCGAAAGGAUGGCGUCCGUGGACAUGUCUAGUUGGAUGCUUCUUCCUCAUGUUCAACAGCUGGGGGAUUGUAAAUGGUUAUGGCACCUAUCUAUCUUACUAUAAGGAGUCCCUCCUAGCGGAUUAUACUAUAGUCCAUUUCAACGUUAUUGGGGCGACCCAAUGUUUUUUUAUUCUAUUUCUUUCUUUUAUUGCUGGUCGUCUCCUCGAUGCCAACUACAGCCGUUGGUUGCUCGUGGGUGGCUCGAUCCUCCUCGCUUUAGGCAUGUUCACUCUCAGUAUUUGUAACGGAAGUGGACAUCGUGGAGAUGGAGAGUAUAUGUAUACUUGGGUAGCUCAAGGUCUCGUCUCGGGCUUGGGCAUGGCCUGCUUCUUUGUAUCGAGUUCUCAGAUUGCCGCUACGUGGUUCAAGCGGAAGAAGGGGUUCGCUAUUGGUGUAGUUGCAUCUGGAGCAAGCGUCUCAAUUACUUGCAUUGUAUCCAUCUUCCUGGCCGUUCCAAACCCCGAUCAUCACUUUAGGAGACCAUCAGGUUGGCUCGCAACCAAAACCUGGAUUGAUAAGGACGCCUUUAAGGACCCCGCGUUCUGCUGGUUCACCGCAGCUAUAUCCUGGAUGUUCUUCGGCUUCUACUGUGUCUUCUUUAACCUUGAGGAAUGGUCAGCAGAAGUUGGUGUUGGCUACAAAGGUUUGGAGCCGCCGGUAUCUGGAAUGCACGCCCUCAGGACCUAUUGGCUUCUUGCCAUCAUGAACGGGUCUAGUACUAUCGGUCGGCUGAGUUCUUCCUACCUUUGCGACCACUUCGGUGCACUUAACGUUCACGCCGGAGUAACCCUAGUGUCUUCUUUCCUUUGUCUCUUCUUAUGGACCUUCGCUAGUAACCUUGGAUCAGCACUUGCAUUCGUCAUAAUCUUCGGUGCAUUUUCUGGCGCCGUUAUUGGACUUCCUCCUGCCUCCAUGGCCGCUAUCUUGGGACCACACCCCGCCCAGCAGGGCAAAUUGGGACAAUGGACCGGAAUGAUGUAUACCAUCUCAUCUUUCUUCGCCCUAGCUGGACCAAUAAUCUCUAGCCACUUGGUGGUAAAGUUCGACAAGUAUCUAACAGUACAACUUUGGAGUGGGCUGUGUCUAUUCCUUAGCGCUUGUUGUAUGUGCGUUGCGAUAAUAUAUCAUGCUCGGGAUGAAUCCUUCAUGAGGAGUAGGUUGCUGAAACUCACACCAGCAAGUACCCGAAGCCGAAGCCGAAGCAUGAGCCGUAAGAGGGAGAUGAGUGAAGUCUAG